AUGCCACCCCGUUGCCAGCUGCUCAACAUGGUUGGAUCCUUCAACUGUACCUGCCCACCUGGCAUCGAAGGCACUGGCUAUGAGUGCCAGAAUGUUGACCAGUGUCCCAACAACUCCACCCAGCCCCAGAACUGCAGCUCCCUGACCCUUUCCAACAACACAGACGGUUCCUCUGUCGGUGCCAGGAGGGGUACCAGGGGGACGGGUUCGACAGUGAGGAUGUGGAUGAAUGUCUCUCACCCUCCACCUGUAGGGAGAACAUGACGUGCCACAACCUCCAGGAGGUACAACUGCACCUGCAUCCUGGGCUUAGUUUACGGAGCAGACACAUGUGUGUCUGAGGAGGACUGCCUGAAUGCCAGCAGUGUGUGCCACCCUCUUGCAGCGUGCCACCCCACCAAGUGCUCCUUCUACAGCCACUGCCGGGACAGUUUCUGUGGCGGCGUGCUGGGACGUGGACGAGUAUAGCCAAUCGGGGCGGUAGUACUGCCCGGAGAUCUCCUACAGCUUCAACACAGAGGGCUCCUAUACAUGCGACUGUUGGGAUGGUUACCAGGACCACAGGACACACUGCAUGGACACGGACGAGUGUGAGGCGGAGAACUUCACCUGUCCAGACAACAGCACCUGUACCAACGCUGAGAGUAGCUACUGCUGCCCCUGUGACAUGGACUUCCUGGCUAGUAACAACUCUCUGUGUCUAGAUAUUGACGAGUGUGCCGUGGGGCUGGAGCAGUGCCCGAACACCUCCGAUUGCCAGAACACACCCGGCUCCUUUGUCUUUGACAGCUGGGACGGCUACCAGGGCAAUGGCACAGGCUGCGAGCACGUCAAAUAAUGCCUGGACAACUCUAACCUGUCACAAACACGCCCUCUGCCGCAACACGCCCGGGUCGUUCCUUUGUGUGUGCCAGCCAGGCCUCCUGAGCAUCGGGGCCCUGUGUGUGGACCUAUCACCUCUACCUUACCUGCCACCCUAGACCCACUUCAAUUUGCUUACCGCCCCAAUAGAUCCACAGACGAUGCAAUCGCCAUCACACUGCACACUGCCCUAUCCCAUCUGGACAAGAGGAAUACCUACGUAAGAAUGCUGUUCAUUAACUAUAGCUCAGCAUUCAACACCAUAGUACCCUACAAGCGCAUCAUUAAGCUCGAGGCCCUGGUCCCGUGCAACUGGGUCCUGGACUUCCUGACGGGUCGCCCCCAGGUGGUGAAGUUAGGAAACAACACCUCCACUUCGCUGAUCCUCAACACUGGGGCCCCACAAGGGUGCGUGCUCAACCCCCUCCUGUACUCCCUGUUCACCAUGACUGCGUGGCCAAGCACGCCUCCAACUCAAUCAUCAAGUUUGCAGACGACACAACAGUACUAGGUUUGAUUACCAACAAUGACGAGACAGCCUACAGGGAGGAGGUGAGGGCUCUGGGAGUGUGGUGCCAGGAAAAUAACCUCUCACUCAAGGUCAACAAUACAAAGGAGAUUAUCGUGGACUUCAGGAAACAGCAGAGGGAGCACCCCCCUAUCCAAAUCGAAGGGACCGCAGUGGAGAAGGUGGAAAGUUCCUCAGCGUACACAUCACUGACAAACUGAAAUGUUCCACCCACACAGACAGUGUGGUGACAAAGGCGCAACAGCGCCUCUUCAACCUCAGGAGGCUGAAGAAAUUUGGCUUGGCACCUAAAACCCUCACAAACUUUUACAGAUGCACAAUUGAGAGCAUCCUGUCGGGCUGUAUCACCACCUGGUACGGAAACUGCAUCGCCCGCAACCGCAGGGCUCUCCAGAGGGUGGUGCGGUCUGCCCAACGCAUCACCGGGGGAAAACUACCAGCCCUCCAGGACACUUACAGCACCCGAUGUCACAGGAAGGCCAAAAAGAUCAUCAAGGACAACAACCACCCGAGCCACUGCCUGUUCACCCCACUAUCAUCCAGAAGGCAAGGUCAGUACAGGUGCAUCAAAGCUGGGACCGAGAGACUGAAAACAGCUUCUAUCUCAAGGCCAUCAGACUGUUAAAUAGCCUUCACUAGCACAUUAGAGGCUGCUGCCUAUAUACAUAGAUUAGAAAUCACUGGCCACUUUAAUAAAUGGAACACUAGUCACUUUAAUAAUGUUUACAUAUAUUGCAUUACUCAUCUCAUAUGUAUAUACUGUAUUCAAUACUAUUCGACUGUAUCUUAGUCUAUGCCACUCUGACAUUGCUCGUCCAUAUAUUUAUAUAUUCUUAAUUCCAUUGCUUUACUUAGAUUUGUGUGUAUUGGGUAUAUGUUGUGAAAUUGUUAGAUAUUACUUGUUAGAUAGGUCCAUGUCCACUGUGCCAAUGGGUGGGAUGCCAGGGGGGAGAGAGGGGGGAAUGGGGACGGAGGGUGUGUUGACCAGGAUGAGUGUGUGUCGCCCUUGGCAUGCCACGCCCACACGUCCUGUAGAAACUACCCAGGGUCCUUCAACUGCUUUUCUAUGUGUGAAAAGUGUAUCAUAAUGUCAUAAUUAUAAUGAUGUGUGCCACUGUUUGACUAACUGUGCGUUUCAUUCACAGAGUGAUUUGUACCCGUUUGGUGACCAGGUGGGAGAUAAAGGAGUGUGGUUGGACACAGAAGAUGGGAACUCUCCCUACAUCAUACCAAUUAUGGGUUUCCCCUUCAUGGGCAAGCUGUUUGAUCUGUCUAUGUAAGUAUCCACAUCUUUACUCACAACUCUGAGACUGGAAACCCUGAACCAAAGAGAGCAAGAUAAGUGAUUAGUACUAUUUUCAUUUUUAGUACAAUUCUAUUUUUCUACUAUUUUGCAGUUGCAAGACAAUGUACAUCACUGUAAUUCUUCACUGAAAUGGCCUUUGCUGUGGACAUUUAGUAAAACAUUAUUCUCUAUCCUGCUUAGUUCUCAGAUAAUGGACUCAUCCAGUUCCAGUCUGUCAGUCAGAACUAGCAGUUCCUGCUUCCUGUCCCCUUCCCUAGUGGUUUCCAUGGCAACGGAAGCCUGGCCAUGCUGUCCGUGUUCUGUGACGAUGCUGACCUCACCCUGGGGAGGGGAAGCUGCUCUAUCAGGUGAGAGGUCAAGGGUUGAGGGGUUUGAUCUAAUCUCAUUUAAUCUAAAUUAUUUUCUCUCUCCUAGGAAUACCACCAGCUGAAAUGUCUGAUAUACAGUAUAUAUUCCCAAAUUGUCUUCAAUCGUACGGUAUGAGGAACAGAAGGACAAACCUGCGUUCACCCCAGCCUGGAUUCUAAAGAUCACCUGGGAUUAUGUGAUGGCUGUCUCCUACCAGGAAAUCAACCACACUGAGGUAUUGGUCUAAUGUUUUCUAUGACCAUAUUCCAAUCAUGCCGUACUCCAAUAGAGGCAUAUACUGUAGGUGUCUAUUGGCGGUAAACAUGAUUGCAUGUCUAGCAGGAAAGUGGGUUAUUGGACGUUACAGGGUGUGGUAUGGUUUCCUCUGAUGUCUGUCCUAGUUUGGCAUCCAUUGUUGUGUGCAAUGUGAGAACCUCAAGUGUUAGCUGGGAGAAUGUAACCUACCUAAAUCCUCUCCCCAUCUUUUUAUUCCUGUGGUGCCACCCCGUGGCCACUUCCAGACUAACACCUUUCAGUAAAUCCUGACUACAGAUGUGGAGCGCUCCUUCGCCCUGCUACGCUUCAGGGAGUUGUACUGGGGUCCUGGCCAGAGGAUCCACCAUGACACCCUCACAGGCUACUCCGAUGGAGGAGCCCACUUUUCCUCAGGAGGUGUGGGGAAAUAUAGAUCAGCUGGGUCAGCUGGUGUAUGAACUGACGGGCCCACAGAGCCCAAACGGGACCCCCAGAAGAGGUGCCAGAUGUGGGCCAUAAAGGAGUGAGCCGAAGGAGUGGGCCUAGGGGGUGUCGUCGUGCCCCUGUACCCACGCCUAAGCACUGGAGGAUCUGGCCUUUGGGCCUGAGACCCUGCCCCCCAACCAGCAGGAUUGGAUACGGGUGAGGGAGCUACGGGGACUGCGCUGGGGUGGCAGUUGGGGUGACGUCUUCCUGUCCAUCCUGUCCAAAGUAUGUAUGACCCACAAGGUCCCCUGUUGGCUGGAUACAGCGAGCGCUACUUCUCUGGAGCCACUGCACAGAAACACAUACAGUGAGAACCAAAAGUAUUGGGACAGGGACAUUCUUUUUUUGUUUUGGCUCUGUACUCCAGGACUUUACCUUUAUUGUAAAUAAGAAUAGAAUAUGUUUCUAAACACUUCUACAUUAAUGUGGUUGCUACCAUGAUUAUGGAUAGUCCUGAAUUAAUCGUGAAUAAUGAUGAGUGAGAAAGUUACAGACGCACAAAUAUCAUACCCCCAAGACAUAACCUCUCACCAUUACAAUAACAGGGGAUGUUAGCAUUUUUUGGAGGGUAGGAUAUUUAUGCCUCUAACUUUCUCAAUCAUCAUUAUUCACGAUUCGUUCAGGAUUAUCCGUAAUCAUGGUAGCAUCCACAUUAAUGUAGAAAUGUUUAGAAACAUAUUCUAUUCUACAUCCAAAAUAACACAAUACAUUAUUUACUAUGCAUUUCUAUUGGGCACAACAUAAUCCGAAACACAACCAAAACAUUUUUACAUUUUUAGUAAUUUAGCAGACGCUCUUAUCCAGAUCAACUUACAGUUAGUGAGUGCAUACAUUUUUCAUACUGGCCCACCGUGGGAAACCAACAGGAAAUGCAUCCAACAAGUUUGUAGAGCCAGAAGCUUGAUGUAAACAUUGCGUGCUAGGAAUAUCGGACCAAAUAAUACACUUUUGACUACUUUAAAACACAUAAGUGAAUUUGUCCUAAUACUUUUGGUCCCCAAAAAUGGGGGGACUACAGUGCCUUCGGAAAGUAUUCAGACCCCUUGACUUUUUCCACAUUUUGUUAUGUUACAGCCUUAUUCUAAAAUGGAUUAAAAAUAAAUAAAUCCUCAUCAAUCUACAAACAAUACUCCAUAAUGACAAAGUGAAAACAGGUUUUUAUAAAUGUUUGCAAAUAUAUGAAACCUAAAAAACAGAAAUACCUUAUUUACAUAAGUAUUCAGACCCCUUUGCUCCGAGACUCGAAAUUGAGCUCAGUUGCAUAUUUUUUCCAUUGAUCAUCUUUGAGAUGUUUCUAAAACUUGGAGUCCACCUGUGGUAAAUUCAAUUGAUUGGACAUGAUUUGGAAAUGCACACACCUGUCUAUAUAAGGUCCCACAGCUGACAGUGCAUGUCAGAGCAAAAACCAAGCCAUGAGGUCGAAGGAAUUGUCCGUAGAGAUCCGAGACAGGAUUGUGUUGUGGCACAGAUCUGAUGGAAGGGUACCAAAAAAUAUCUGCAGCAUUGAAGGUCCCCAAGAACGCAGUGGCCUCCAUCAUUUUUAAAUGGAAGAAGUUUGGAACCACCAAGACUCUUCCUAGAGCUGGCCGCCCGGCCAAACUGAGGGGGAGAAGAGCCUUGGUCAGGGAGGUGUCCAAGAACCCGAUGGUCACUCUGACAGAGCUCCAGAGUUCCUCUGUGGAGAUGGGAGAACCUUCCAGAAGGACAGUCAUCUCUGCAGCACUCCACCAAUCAGGCCUUUAUGGUAGAGUGGCCAGACGGAAGCCACUCCUCAGUAAAAGGCACAUGACAGCCCGCUUGGAGUUUGCCAAAAGGCACCUAAAGACUCUCAGACCAUGAGAAACAAGAUUCUCUGGUCUGAUGAAUCCAAGAUUGAACUCUUUGGCCUGAAUGCCAAGCGUCUCGUAUGGCAUUCCCCUACGGGGAAGCAGGGUGGUGGCAGCAUCAUGCUGUGGGGAUGUUCUUCAGCGGCAGGGACUGGGAGACUAGUCAGGAUCAAGGGAAAGAUGAACAGAGCAAAGUACAGAGAGAUCCUUGAUGAAAACCUGCUCCAGAGCGCUCAGGACGUCAGACUGGGGCGAAGGUUUACCUUACAACAGGACAAUGACCCUAAGCACACAGCCAAGACAACGCAGGAGUGGCUUCGGGACAAGUCUCUGAAUGUCCUUGAGUGGCCCAGCCAGAGCCCAGACUUGAACCCAAUUGAACAUCUCUGGAGAGACCUGAAAAUAGCUGUGCAGCAACGCUCCCCAUCCAACCUGACAGAGCUUGAGAGGAUCUGCAGAGAUGAAUGGGAGAAACUCCCCAAAUACAGGUGUGCCAAGCUUGUAGCGUCAUAACCAAGAAGACUUAAGGCUGUAAUCGCUGCCAGGUGCUUCAACAAAGUACUGAGUAAAGGGUCUAAAUACCUAUGUAAAUGUGAUAUUUCAGUUUUUUAUUUUUAAUACAUUUGCAAAACUUUCGAAAAUCCUGUUUUUGCUUCGUCAUUAUGGGGUAUUGUGUGUAGAUCGAUGAGGGGGGGAAAAAACGAUUUAAUCCAUUUUAGAAUAAGGCUGUAACGUAACAAAAUGUGGAAAAAGUCAAGGGGUCUGAAUACUUUCUGAAUGCACUGUAUGUACAAAAAGUGCUGUAAUUUCUAAACGGUUCACCUGAUGUGGAUGAAAAUACCCUCAAAUUAAAGCUGACAGUCUGUACUUGACCAUCAUAGUCAUUGUAUCAUUUAAAAUCCAAAGUGCUGGAGUACAGAGCCAAAACAACAAAAAUUUGUCACUGUCCCAAUACUUCUGGGGCUCACUGUAGGUUACGUCUCAUUUAAGUCAUAUAGUGAAAGCUCAACCUGUCAUUUGGAAUGUUGUUCAAUUCAAUGAUGGCAUUCAAUGAUGUAAUAAUCAACUGCAUGUCUUUUAAACUAGAAAAUUCAUCCUUAUUGCCAAAUCUCAUUUUAUUUCUCUCCCUCCAUUUCUAGAUGAGGAGCUCCUUCCGUUCCAGUGGUGUUGUAUCCAGUCUCCUCUGUGCCACCUCUAUCUGGCCAAGACACUCCUGGACCGUUGCCAAGGUUAUGGCUGGGUGAGCCGACUGCUGCAUAAAAGCGGCCAAGGCAACACAGGGCAUUGGUGAGAGCUUACCUCUACUCAGCGAAAUGGGGUUCAUUUACUUUCAACUCCUGUCAACUCAUUGAAUUAAUGAUUAUUUACUUGGAUCACAAUAUACUUAAGCAAUAAGGCACGAGGGGGUGUGGUAUAUGGCCAAUAUACCACGGCUAAGGGCUGUUCUUAGGCACAGCCCUUAGCCGUGGUAUAUUGGCCAUAUAUCACAACCCCCCCGAGGUGCCUUAUUGCUAUUAUAAACUGGUUACCAACGUAAUUAGAGCAGUAAAAAUUUAUGUUUUGUCAUACCCAUGGUAUACGGUCUGAUAUACCAUGGCUUUCAGCCAAUCAGCAUUCAGGGCACGAACCACCCAGUUUAUUAUAAUAUAUAGCCCACAUGAUUGGCCCCAUUAUGUGAUAAUAGACAGAUCCAUCGCACCCUGCCUGUCAGUGUAAAUGUACUGUAUACAGCCUUGGUGUCACGCCCUGGCUCUAGGGACUCUUUUAAGUUGAGCCAGGGUGUGUAGAGUUUAUGUUUUGUGCUCGUUGUGUCUAGUCUAGUUUUUGUAUAUCUAUGUUGGCCAGAGUGGUUCUCAGUCAGAGGCAACGAGUAUCAGCUGUUGCUGGUUGUCUCUGAUUGGGAACCAUAUUUAGUCAGGUGGUUUUCCCACAGUGUUUGUGGGAUCUUGUUCCGUGUUUUGCACCUGUGGACGUCAUGAAUCGAUUUGUUGUUUUGUUCGUGGUUCAUUUAAUAAAUAAGUAUGUUCACCUUCCACGCUGCGCCUUGGUCCUCUAUAUCCGACGAUCGUGACACUUGGUUAGUGAAUGGUUUCCUAUUCAUGUGUAUCUGUUUUGUCUGCAGGCAUGGUGUACAGCAACCUUCAUUUCAUCACCUUCAGUGGGACUGAAUGAAAAGGUACUACCUACUUUAAGUCACUCUGGAUAAGAGCGUCUGCUAAAUGAGUAAAAUGACUGAGUACUCUUUCAAGGCCCUCUGCGACUUUGUCAUUGUGCGCCUCUCCUCCCACACCGGCUCCAGUAUCUUCACGCUGCAGCGCGAGACGGGCGAGCUGGAGACAGACGGACAGGUCAGACGGGUCCCCGCGGUGGUGAGGAUGGCUGCUUUUCACCAGGGCAUUGGCAAGGUCAGUGUGUGUGCCUGAUGGGUUGUAUUAUGGGCUGUAAAUCUCAUGUGGUUGAUUAUCCUUACCUGUGUGUGUGUGUGUGUGUGUGUGUGUGUGUGUGUGUGUGUGUUCAGGUUAAGUGGCGGUGUGCAGAGUCAGAGAGGGACUGGGGGUCCUGGUGGAAGAUGUGGAGGUCUCUGUCGGUAAGAAAUCAUUUAGUACCAAAACAAACUUGGCACAGAAACAAGAAGAUUACUAUUAAACCUUGUACUUUUAUUCCACCAGACUAGAUAAUGCAAUUUAAGAAUAUAGUAAACCUCUAUAAAACCUUACAAACCACUUGGAACAUCAUUCUCCAACCCUUGUUACAUACAAUAUUACAGUAGCAAUAGAAUGCAAUCCUCAUAUCCCCUUGAGCUGACAUAACAGUGCCCUACUGCUGUCCUUGUAGAUGUGGUGCACCGUACCUCGGUCAGUGGCGGUGUACGCCGGGGGGCUGCACGUGGAGGGUGGAUGGAGGUGAUGGUGGACAGCAGCUGGCUGCCCUGGUGGAGGUCCCCCAGACCUUCUACAGCUGGACCGUGGGCCUGCUGGGCUUCUGGAGCUCCAACCACACCGAUGACUUUCUGCAGUCUGACGGGAAGCUGAUGAUAUUCCCCAACAUAACCUUCCCCUGGAGGAGCGUCUGCACCCCUUUGGCCUGUCCUGUGAGUGAGGCUUGAGUCAAGUCACAUUGAAGGAGUUGGAGGCACAUUGAACGUCCAUACUAACAUACCACUUAGAAUGCAUGUCCAAUACAUUGCUUUAUUCUAAGUACCAUGCUAAUGUGGUCUCUCUCCCCUAAUAUAGUGUAUCACACAGAUUAAGUACUCCUAACUCCACUCAGAGUCACACAUGGAGUGCCAAGUAUUAGUAGCCAUUCACAGACAUUGCUAGGUGUUUAAAGGAGCGGUCUUUCAGCCUUGGUCUGAUAAGUUGGUGCUAAUACACACAGAGCCCCUCGGUUACAUAAAUGAUAAGGUCCUGUCUGUACAGUGUAUGAUGCAGUCAGGUUGCAGUGUGUUCAUGACAUCCUGUCUUCUAACGACACUGACCUAGGUUUGCAGAGUCUGGAGUCCCAGGAGCUGGACCACAACCUGGUUAUGGUGUUUGGUGAGUCAACUGUUAUAUUAGCCAAAGGUCCAAGAAUUCAUAUCUUUAUUCUACAUGUUUGCCCUUCCUCUUUGAGUCACAUACUGUUGUAUGCUCUGGGUAAAAGUUGCCCCAUGGACAAAUAUCUAGGAGCAGCUUACCCUCCCCAAUAAUAGACUCUAAUCUGAACUAUUACCCUAAUUGGGCUAGUUUAAGGGGGUAAACACAAAAUGGACCUUAGAUCAGCGUCUAUGUGCAACUUCAUCCUACUCCAACGCAUUAUACCAUCCGCUCUGUAAGAAUUCAUCAAAUGCAGUGUAGUGGUGAUUGAGGUCAAUUGGCAUGCUUCUCUAUUGGUCAUUGACAUGCUCCAAUUUCUCUCCUAUGUAGGGAACAUGCCUCUGUUCCCCGGCUUUCCUUUCCUUUCCCAUCGUGACUGAGCCCACAGUGAUCCGCUGUAAGGUCAAAUCCACUGUUCACAUGCAGAUCAGCGCUCAAGAUGCCAACACUAUAAGCUUCUCACUGCUCUUCCCCAGACCACCACAAGCCUUUGUUGGGAAAAGUGAGCUCUCCCUAUAGGUGAUGGCAUAUUGACCUGAACACCACUCGACAUCCAGCCUGUCUACCUGAUCAUCAGAGUUAAUGACCAGCUGUUCAGCUCUCAGUUCACCCCCAUCCUGCAGGUGUGCAACUGCCUCAACGGUGGCACCUGCCAAUACGACAGCAUAGUGGGCAGCCAUCUGCAGGGAACAUUUCAGGUGAACAAAUACAGACAGACAGAACAAUAUAGGGAGCAUUUCUAUAUGGACUGUUAUGCAUAUAAAGGUUUUAUUAAGAGCCCAGUGCAGUCAACAUUCUGUUAUUCCUGUGCUUUGUAUCAUUAUUAUAAACUAACACUGUAAAAGUGUGAAAAGAUUUGAUCAGUGUUAUUUGCGGAUAGUUGCUGGCUGAAAAUACAAUCUACACAGGACCUUCUAAUCACCACGUUUCGCAUGGGUGGAGUUUCGGCUUGCCUGGUGACCUCACCAAGCGGUAAAUAAGUUAAUAGACCAAUAACAAAGAGUUCCAAACCUCUCUGCCAAUAAAAGCUAGUUUUCAGUUUUCCCCUCCCUACUCAGACCACACCCAGACAGUCCUAGCAAAAUUAUUUAUUGAGAAAUAGUUUUUUGCUAAAAAGUAAUUUUUGUUUAUUUUUGACAAUUUUAAUGGAAAACUAUUACAGUAAGGAACUUAAUUUUUUGAUAUAAAAAUGUCUGCAUUGAGCCUUUAAGUAAAGUGUUAACCAGAUUGUUUUUGUAUAAUGAUGAUAACCUUUCAUUUGUUCCUUUGCAGGGGAUUCUGCCAAUCCACCAGGUAAGCCUUCUAUUUUCUCAAACAAAUCCCCCAAUACUGCCCACAUGACAUUGCUGCGUCAGUGUUACCAUGGUGAUCAUGACCACAUCAUAGAAUGUGAGGUCAUCUGAUGGCCUUGUUGUUGUUGACAGAGUUCAAUGUCUUCAACGUUUCCAUGGGCUGGAAGAACCAGGGAGCUGGAGGAGAGAGACUGAGACAGGUGAGAGGGAGCGUGUGGGCAGCCUGUCCAAUCGAACAAUUUUUACAUAGGCCUAUAUUUGUGUCUGGGACAUAAAAAAAGCUGAAGGAUAAUUUGUUUUUCCUGACCAGGAAAAACUCCAGUCCAGAAAUGCGCUAGUUCUUUCUCUCUGCAUUGUUGGGAAGGGCCUUUAAGCAUUUCACUGUUAUUCUACACCUAUUGUUUACGCAGCAUGUGACAGCAAGGAGGAAAACAGAUUGAAAAUGGGAGGGACUACUUUUUCGUAUUAUGUUUUAAAGCGUUAAGGCCUAUAUUUGUGUGUGGGACAUACGUUUUUCCUGGUCAUUUCACGUGGUGAUUUCAUACUAUGGUUAUGGAAAAGAGUUUCCACUAACCAUAUAUUAACUAACCAUGCACUGGCCAGCUCCUCGAUUUUGUUAACACGGGAACUGGCCAGGAAAUAAUCUUGGCCCUAAGUAUGACAUAAUAAUGUGUCAAUGGUCUAUUUAACUUAACGUUCCACUGUUGGCCCACUAUUUAGACCUGGGUGGUUUGAACAGGACGGGGAUAGACGGGGCCCAGGUGGCAGAGGAUAAGAAGCCCCUGAUCCUGGGCCUGGUUCUGGGCAUCGGGAUCCCAUUCCUCCUCCUACUGGCUGCCCUCGCCUGCAUCUGCCGCUCCCGCAAGAAGACACAGGGA